UCCCCCUGAUCUCCCCCUGAUGUCUGUGACUCGUCUGCCUCUCUGGACCAUAGCUGAAGAGAAGCACCAUGGUCUGACCUCACCUCUGACUGAGUCUCAACGUAUUGCUACUCAGUGGGUCAGAUGCCUGUGUUUGGAAAGGUGAUGCUUUGAGAGUUUUGGAAGAAAGAGUAUGGGGGCCUGAAGGACUUUGGUUUGGGGGACAUUUAGUUUAUUUAAGAGAGGGUGUUUUUUCCCCCCCUGCCUUGUUGGAUAUUUGUUUUCCGAAGGAGGGACGUGUGGAUAUUAAAGGAGACCAAUGAAGAAGAUGGAGUCAGGAGCAGAGGCCCCACCACCCCAGCAGCAGAGGAGGAAGCCAGUGAUGCAUGGCUUGGAGGACCAGAAAAAGAUUUACACGGAUUGGGCGAACCACUACUUGGCGAAGUCGGGGCAUAAGCGACUCAUCAAAGAUUUGCAGCAAGACGUGUCUGAUGGAGUAUUGCUUGCGGAAAUCAUUCAGGUUGUAGCCAAUGAGAAGAUUGAAGACAUCAAUGGAUGCCCAAAGAGUCGCUCGCAGAUGAGCAGUGCCCCUGCCCAGCUCACGCCCUCGCAUGGGCCUGCCGCCUCCUCUCAGGGUCCCCAGCACGCACACAAAGCACAGGCAGACAUGCAGUCCAGACUCCCCGCCCCCACGUCCAGGAUGGCCACUGCGGGCAGUGAGAGCUCUCCUCGUGGGUCCAUCAGCGCCGCAGGCAACCGCCGCAGCCAGGGCUUCAGCGACAAGUCCAAACCCGUCCCAGCGUUGGCCAAAGACUCGUCAGAAGGUGUGACCUCCCAGGCCCCAGGCAUGGCUGACCUCGCUCCUUCGUCCUCAGUGACCUCCUCCACCUCGUCCAUCUCCUCGUCCUCCUCCUCGGCCAUCCCGCAGCCCAACGCGGCCGGCGGCAAGCCCUGGAGGAGCAAGUCCCUGAGCUCCAAGCACACGGCUACCUCCACCUCCGCGCUGUCCGUCAAGCAGGAGGGCCCGGCCACCAACGGGGCGUCCAGCAAGCAGACCGCGUCCGGCGAGGUGCCGGCCAAAGCGGCGUCCCAGAAGUCCAUGCUGGAGAAGCUGAAGCUCUUCAACAGCAAGAGCGGCUCCAAGAGUGGUUCGUCCAGCCAGCCCGUCCAGCAGCAGACGUCGCUGGACAGCGGGAGCGGCAGCAGCAACGGCAGCGCCCUGCGGGACUCCGGGAUCGUGGUGGACCGGGUGGAGGCCGGCUCCAACACCGACCUGCAGUUGGAGGAGUCCGAGGGCAACACCCGACCCGUCAACGGAUCCUCUUCCUCUUCCUCCGGAGGAGGAGGAGGGGCGUCGACCGUCACCGUCGCCAUGACCACCAGCAGCCCAAAGAUCGCCCUGAAAGGCAUCGCCCAGCGGACGUUCAGCCGGGCGCUGACGGCCAAGAAGAGCUCGCUCAAGGGCGCCGAGAAGGAGAAGGAGAAGGAGCGCGCCGCCAAGGACAAGGAGCGGGCCAAGGAGAGCUCCAAGCGCACCUCCAUCCCCGAGCGAGGGGGGGAGGCGCGGGACGCCGAGCCCAGGGAGGAGAACGGCUCGGGGGGAGGUGCGACGACGACGACGAUGUCGGAGGCCGAGCCCAAACGCACCUCCAAGAUCGCCAGCCUCAUUCCGAAGGGGGGCAAAGCCGCGGCCACCAAGAAGGAGGGCAGCGCCACAGCACACAGCGGGAUACCAAAGCCGGGCGCCAAGGCCUCCUCGGGCAUGGGCGCGGGCAAGGGCUCGGGGGCGCCCCCCGGUGGCAAGGACGGAGAGAGGCCGCGCAGCAUGCGUCUGGGCGGGGGCCUGGCGCUGCACAGGGACAGCCGACACUCGUCGUCCUCCUCCAGCCUGGCCUCCACCGAGGGCAAGGGCCAGCAGAGCCACAGCGCCGCCCCGGUGGCCAACGCCGCCAUCAACACGGUCAGCGUGCAGCUGCCCCAGCCCCAGCAGCAGUACAGCCACCCCAACACAGCCACCGUGGCCCCCUUCAUGUACAGGUCUCAGACGGACAUCGAUGGCGGCAUCUCCUCAGAGAUGGGCUGUGGAGGCAGGGCCGAUGACCCGGCAAGCUACGGCAAGAGCAGCCAGACCUCCAUAGAAGAUCUGUCAGGUGAAGACCCCGAAACCAGACGAUUACGAACCGUGAAGAACAUCGCAGACCUCCGGCAGAACUUGGAAGAGACCAUGUCCAGUCUGAGGGGAACCCAAGUAUCACACAGCACCCUGGAGACGACCUUUGACAGCAGCGUCACCACGGAGAUCAGCGGGCGGAGCCUGCUGGGCCUGGGCUCGCGCGCCGCGCCGCUCUCGUGGCGGAUGGGUCAGUCGAGCCCGCGGCUGCAGGCCGGCGACGCGCCCUCGCUGGGCAACAGCUACGGCCGCGGAGGCUCCGGCAGCUCGGGGGGUCAGGGCCGGUUCCUGUACCCGGGCGGGGCCCUCCGUAGGCAGCUGGCGGCCCGCGGGAGCGCCCUGUGCAGCCUGGAGCUGGGUGACCGCGUGGACGACCUGGAGCUCGGCAGCCUCUCCAUGGACGUGACGGGCUACAUGAGCGACGGGGACGUGCUGAGCAAGAACGCGCGCACUGAUGACGUCACCAGCGGCUACAUGACGGACGGGGGCUUGAGUCUGUACACACGGCGGCUCAACCGGCUGCCGGACAGCAUGGCGGUGGUGAGAGAGAGCCUCCACAGGAACGCCUCUACGGGCCAGGGAGACGCAGACAGUUGGGACGACAGCAGCUCAGUGAGCAGCGGAAUUAGCGACACCAUCGACACCGAUGACAUCAACACCAGCUCCUCCAUCAGCUCGUACGCCAACACGCCGGCCACUACGCGCAAAACCCUGAGCGGACAGCCACAGACGGACUCGGAGAAACACUCGGCGGUCGAGCGGCACUCCGCAUGGUCCGGCGACGAGGUCAAGCGGUCAGACGGCGGUUCGGACAGCGGCGUGAAGAUGGAGCACGGCUCCAAGUGGCGGCGCAACCCCUCGGACGUGUCGGACGAGUCCGACAAGGGCGGCUCGGGCCGUAAGAUCCCCGCCAUCUCGCAGACAGGGUCCUGGCGCCGUGGCAUGACGGCACAGGUCGGGGUGACCUCGCCGCGCCCCAAGACUGGCACAACAGCGGGCAGCACGGGCACACUCAAAACUCACAGCGCUGGCAAGACAGACGACGCUAAAGUGUCUGAGAAGGGCUGCCUGCCGACACACUCCACCAGCAUCCAGCGCUCGCCCUCCGACGCAGGCCGCACCAGCGGGGACGAGGGCCUGAGGAAGCCUUCCUCAUCGUCAUCUUCCUCGUCCUCCGCCAACACUUCCUCCGCGCGCAUCCCCACCAGCACGUUCGGCUUCAAGAAGUCCAGCGGCGCCCUGGGGACCACCAGCAGCAUCACCAUGGUGACGGCCAGCGGGGCCACCAUCACCAGCGGCUCGGCCACGCUAGGGAAGAUCCCCAAGUCGGCGGCGCUGACGGUGGGAGGGCGGGGGGCGGCCCUGAAGGGGUCCUCCAUCGACGGAGGAGGAGGAGGAGGAGGAGGAGGAGGAGGAGGAGGGGCGGGGCACGAGGACGGCUACCUGUCGUCCGGCAUGCGCUCGGCGCUGCAGUACCGCAGCCUGCCCAGGCCCUCGCGCUCCGGAGCCGCCGCGCGCAACGGCAACCGCUCGUCCACCAGCAGCAUCGAGUCCGGCCUGAGCGCUCGCGCCCCGGGCCUGUCGGCCCUCACCGGGCCCUCCAACGCCCACACACACUCCCACGCGCACGCCCACGGCCACACACACUCUCACGGCCACACCGUCACCACCGCCGCCGCUGCUGCCGCCGCCUCGAAGCCCUGCGACGUGCCCAAGGGUGGCAGCAGCACCCUGCCGUCCAACCAGACGGACCGGGAGAAGGGCGCCUCGGAGAUGGACCCCACGAGGUCCAGUCCCCAGGGCUCCAGCGGAGGAGCCGCCACCAUCCCCCAGACCGCCCGGCAGCAGGGCAGCAAGUACGCUGAGGUGUCCUCGCCAACGUUACGCAGGCUCUUUGGUGGCAAGGCCGGUAAGCAGCAGGCUCCGGUCACCACUGCCGAGAGCAUGAAGAACUCGGUGGUCAUCUCCAACCCGCACGCCACGCUGGGACACACCCAGAGCUCGGGGCCCCUGGACUCCCCGUCCACCGGGCCCUGCGGCGGCGGCGGUGGUGGUGGGGGUAGCGGUGGCAGCAGCCCGCUGUACGGGGGCCGGGCAGUGGGCACGCUGGGGACCCUGGGCAGCGAGCCGGCCUCCAGCCCCGGCUCAGUCUACUCCACGGGCACGGGCACCUGGGGCACCACCAUGAGCAGCUCGUCGGCGCUGGGCUACCCGUCCGUGUCCAGCAUGCACACCAGCAGCGAGUCCAUCGACAUGUCGCUGGGCAGCGGGCCGCACCGAGACCACGACGCCGGCCACGCCAUGCUGGCCAGGACCGGCAGCGCCAAGACCGGCAUGUCCGAGAGGUACACGCCCUCCUCACAGCUGCGUAGCCACGAGGAGGCGCGCGAUUGGCUGCGCUCGCACUCCACCAGCGGCCUGCAGGACUCGGCCAGCAACUCGCCCUUCUCCACCGGCUCCAGCCUCACCUCGCCCUCGGGCACGCGCUUCAACUUCGCCCAGCUCGCGAGCCCUACCACAGCGGCACAGAUCAACCUGGCCAGCCUGCGCAACAACGGCCUGACCAAUCAGGACAGCUCGCUGGACCCGGGAGACUCCCGCCUGCGCAACUCCUGCAUGUCACUGGACGAGAAGACCAGGACCAUGAGCCGCUCCGGGUCCUUCAGGGACGGCUUUGAGGAAGUUCACGGCUCCUCACUAUCCCUGGUGUCCAGCACUUCCUCCAUCUACUCCACGACGGAGGAGAAAUCACAGUCGGAGAUCCGAAAGCUUCGCCGAGAGCUGGACGCCUCCCAGGAAAAAGUGUCCGCCCUGACCACGCAGCUCAGCGCCAACGCUCACCUGGUGGCUGCCUUUGAGCAGAGUUUGGCCAACAUGACCAUCCGUCUGAAGAACCUGACCAUGACAGCGGAGCAGAAGGACUCUGAGCUGAAUGAACUGAGGAAGACCAUUGAGCUGCUGAAGAAGCAGAAUGCAGUAGCCCAAGCGGCCAUCAAUGGCGUCAUCAACACCCCGGAGCUCCCACACAAGACUGACAAGACAGCCGGGAGUAAUGGGUCGGGGCAGCCAGACCUGCGCAUCCGCAGACAGCACUCGUCGGACAGCGUGUCCAGCAUCACCAGUGCCACUAGCCACUCCAGCCUGGGCAGCAACAUGGACAACCCCGAAUCAGCCAACUGCAAGAACAAGAAGAAGAAGAACUGGUUACGGAGCUCCUUCAAGCAGGCCUUCGGCAAGAAGAAGUCCCCGAAGUCGGCGUCCUCCCACUCGGACAUUGAGGAGAUGACCGACUCGUCCCUCCCCUCGUCACCAAAGCUGCCUCACAACGGCUCUGCCUCCUCCACUCCCAUGCGCAGAACCUCACAUUCCAACUCAAUGAUGUCGGACUGCCUGGACAGUGAGGCGGACACGGUGAUGCAGUUGCGGACGGAGCUCAGGGAGAAGGAGAUGAAGCUGACCGACAUCCGUCUGGAGGCGCUCAGCUCCGCUCACCAGCUGGACCAGCUCAGGGAGGCCAUGAACCACAUGCAGUCUGAUAUCGAAAAGCUGAAGCUGGAGAAUGACCGUCUGAAGCUGGAUACCCACGGCAGCAGCAGAGCCUCCUCCCAGAGCUCCACACACCACCCCAGCACGCCCACCCCCGGCCUCUCCCAGCACAGCGUCAACCUCACCGACUCCACCAGCUUCGAUAUGUUACUAGAUGACUCCGGGGCUGAGGGAAGCUCUCGUAAGGAUGGCCGGAACGUGAAGAUCGUGGUCAGCCUGGAUGAGGACUGCAAGUGGAGAGAGGAUUGCCGACCUAAUGAGUUCCUUAUUGGUUGCAUUGGAGUAAGUGGCAAGACCAAAUGGGAUGUUCUUGAUGGUGUGGUACGGCGGUUGUUCAAGGAGUACAUCAGGCACGUGGACCCCGCAAAUCAUCUGGGCCUGAGCUCGGACAGUGUCGAGGGCUACCGCAUCGGAGACUUGCUUCGACCCACUGGCGCUCAGACCCCCGAGCUCUUGCCCUGUGGCUACCUGGUGGGGGACAACAACACAAUCAACAUCUCAUUAAAAGGCGUGAGUGAGCAAUCGCAGGACAGCCUGGUGUUCGAGACCCUCAUCCCCAAGCCAAUGCUGCAGCGGUACAUCUCCCUGCUGCUGGAGCACCGCCGUAUCAUCCUCUCCGGGCCCAGCGGCACCGGCAAGACCCACCUGGCGGCCCGGCUGGCCGAGCACCUGGUGCUGCAGGAGGGCCGGGAGCCCAGCGAGGCCACCAUCGCUACCUUCAACGUCGACCACAAGUCCAGCAAGGAGCUGCGUCAGUACCUGUCCAGCCUGGGGGAGCAGUGCAGUGUGGAGGGGCAGCAGGCACAUGCGCCCCUAGUGGUCAUCCUGGACAACCUGCACCACGUCAGCUCCCUGGGGGAGAUCUUCAACGGCCUGCUCAACUGCAAGUACCAGCGCUGUCCUUACAUCAUCGGCACCAUGAGUCAGGCUACUUCCUCCUCUCCAAACCUGCAGCUUCACCACAACUUCAGGUGGGUGCUGUGUGCCAAUCACAUGGAGCCUGUGAAGGGCUUCCUGGGCCGCUACCUGCGCAGGAAGCUGAUCGAGACGGAGAUCAGCAGCCGCACCAGGAACCAGGAGCUGGUGAAGAUCAUCGACUGGAUCCCGCGCGUAUGGCAUCACCUCAACCGAUUCCUAGAGGCUCACAGCUCCUCAGAUGUCACCAUCGGUCCACGCCUCUUCCUGUCCUGCCCCAUGGAUGUGGACGGCUCCAGGGUCUGGUUCACUGACCUGUGGAACUACUCCAUCAUCCCCUACAUGCUGGAGGCAGUCAGGGAGGGCCUGCAGUUGUAUGGCCGCCGAGCACAUUGGGAAGACCCUGCCAAGUGGGUCCUGGAGACGUUCCCAUGGGCACUGAGCCCCCAGCAGCCCGAUUGGCCAGCGCUGCUGCAGCUCCGCCCAGAGGACGUGGGCUACGACGGCUACUCUGCCCCCAGGGAGGGCGUGUCCAAGCCGUCCACUCAGAGCGACAGUGACGCUGACCCUCUGAUGAACAUGCUGAUGAGACUAAAGGAGGCUGCCAACUGCUCCAGUCCACAGAGCUACGACAGCGACUCCAACAGCAACAGUCACCAUGACGACAUCCUUGACUCCUCCCUGGAGUCCACGCUGUGAUCAACCCUUUUUUCUUGAUUUUUUUAAUUUCACAAAUGACUUCGGUUUUAAUUUUAUGUUAUGGCCAGGCAACAAAAUCGAAUCGCCUCUGUAAGUGUAACCUUAUCUUCAGUCAUGAACGAACACUUUGGGUGCUGGUAACCCAAAACCAGAGAAGACGUGACCACAAAGACGUGAGAAGACAUUAAAACUGCACUACUUCUAUUUUUGCAACUAUAUUUCAAGGGGCUUUUUGCAAGCAUUGUUGGAUGUGAAAAUGGGAGUUGGAAAAAAAAGAGACUUUAAAAGCAUUUAACACUGUGGAGGAAGUAUUUUUGUCCAAAUCCAUUACCUCACAAAACCCUCUCAUCCCCCAUUGUGCUAAAUGGUAUCCAGAGGAACACUUGGUGCUAACGGCCCCCUCUGCUGGCUGUUUGUGUCACUGCAUGGAGCCCAUGUCACCCCUACUUGUAGCAGCCUCACACUUUACACACUGUCCUCUCAACUUCACUCUGACCACCAUUAACCAGCACUUCCUCGCCCAGCCAUUGGACAGGUCAUCAUCACACCGUCACCAUCUCCUGUUCAAUCUAGCAACGCUUCAUCAGACCAGCAGGAGGCGCUAGCCAAACAUCAUCUCCAUGGCUGUUAUAUAGCAAUGCACAAGUUAAUGGUGUAAGGAGCACAGCAUAAUCAAUCUAUAAUGGUAGCAUUACAAUAUGGAGCACAUAUGAAAACUCAGUACAAGACUAUUCAUCAUCAUGGUCUCCUAACCAGUUUUGAGAUGGUACUCGUAUAUAUCUGCAAUGAAUAUCACCGGCACAUUUUUGAAAGGGAGAUGUCAUCAGUCAACUCUCUGAUCAGGCAAAGCAAAGUCACUGACAUGCUGGAAAGAUAGGAUGUUCAACACUCUCGUCAUGGUUCUGAUUGGAUCGUGUGAGAGAUUGCCCUUCCCAACCCCCUGCCCACGUGACCGUUUUUUGGGCUUGGGUUCGAGGGGGGAGGGGGGUGAACUUACAUGAAGUGCUUUUUUCUACCUUAAGUUUACCCUAAAUGCCUGAGCGUCUGCUGAGCAUUGCGUGAAGCCUUGAACAAACUUUUGCCUUCCGGCUGACCAAAAAAAAACAAAACAACAACAAACCCUGUCCAGUCAGUCAGGGUGGUCACCUGGAGGCAUCUCAUGGUGCAUCUGUCCAUCUUCAGCAGAGGCAAAGUGCUGCUGGACCAUCGCAUCCUGUGCUCUCUCAGACAGGGAGCUGUAGCACAAGCUUCUACGAGCAUCUCUUUUUUCUCUUUUCUUUUUGGUGCUGAAAUCAGACUCUGAAAAUACAAAAUAAAAAAAACAGAUGCCUUACGUUUUUGUAAUGAAAUGAGUACGGUGUGCAUUAGUGGGGGGGUUUUGUUUUUGUUUGUUUGUUUUCCUUUUUGUGGGAUUGUUUUGCUACUGAAACACAGGGCUGUAUGAUGCUACUUUCUUUGGACUCUGCUUGCUCCACAUUGACCCUUAGUGAAGUGGCAUCCUUCUUCAUAUCGAAACCCAAUGCCAUGUUUGUUAGGGGAGCAAAAAUUGAUCAAAGAAAAAUAUCAAGAAUAUGGAUAUAAAUUGUUUUUCUAAGCUCAAUGCUUCAGUCAGGAUCGUGAAAUGCUGUAAAAUAUCGUUUCUUUUGCACUGAUCCGUCAGUGUUUAGCCUGAAAUAAGUCAGGUUUUCAUGCCCUAAAGCAAGUCCUCCUUUUUACAAUACGAAUGAUGCCUGAGUGAAAUCUUUCUGAAUAAGGUUAUUUUUUAUACCUCAUCAACCUUUGGGCCUUUGUCAUGCUUCUAGUGAGACCUAACUGCUUGGGGAAAAAAUUUAAUUGUAGCUUUGGUGCUACAGAUAUGUUCAAAUCACUGUCGGCCAUCGUGUAUGCUGCUGUAUGUUGUCAUUUGGCUUUAAUUGAUUGGUUGAUUAAAUUGGACAGGCUGAAGAGUUGGAGCCUCAACAUGAACAUUCUUGCGUAAGAUGUUUAUUGUUAUCAUUAUUCUGAUUUGAACGUGUAUUAAACCUGCAGCCUUGCAGCCUCUCUGGCUUCCGUGACAUUUCAGCGUGUGUGCCCUGUCUACCAAUCCUAUGCAACAUCAUUUUGGAUUUGAAAUGGAAGCCAAAUACCUUUUGUUUAGUUUUUGUUUGUUUGUUUGUUCUUCAAACAUCUUCAGCACUGCCAAGACUAUGUACAUUGUGUAAAUAUAUAUAUAUAUAGUUUGUGAAUAUUGUUUUGUUGUCACCAUGAGUUCCCAGGGCUUUGUGUACACAUGCAAGCACAAGAGAUGUGUAUGUUUUGUGUGUGUCCCAGAGUGAAAAUCAGACGUCUGGAUGUGCUAAAUUAAAGGAGGGUUUGUCUGCCAGAGAAAUUUGUCCAUACACACAAGUCUGUUGACGCUGUGCUUUUUCCUUUGUACAGUUUUGCCUUGUACGAUAAAGCCAUGUAAAUAUUUGCAUACCAGCUGCAAUUUUUGAUGAUAUUUCAAGCCAUUUAUAACAGAGCUUGAAGAUAUGUGAGUAUUUUAUGGACAACCUUUCUGUUUUCAUCUUCCAGGUGUUUAGAGUUCAUCAUAACCUAUUUUUGAUGAUAUUUCAAGCCAUUUAUAACAGAGCUUGGAGAUACAGUAUGUGAGUAUUUUAUGGACAACAUUUCUUUUCAUCUGCCAGGUGUUUAGAGUUCAUCAUAAACUAACUGUAAAAAGAGCAAGUCAGUUGAACUAUGAAUCUGAUGAUCUCUGUGCCAGUCUUAAAUUAUUUGUAAUUCAAUAAAUGAUUGAUUAUUUAUUCAUAGUGGAAAUGAAAUGUGAUUAUGUGAUGGGACAAAAUGUAUUCUUGAUAAGGGGUUGUUUUGUAUUUCUGAUAUUUCGCCUCUUAAAAUAUAUAGUUAUUUUGAGAGGGGAGUUCAGGACUGAAGCAUGCCUUUCCCAAGCAAUAAAUAAGGGCUCUCU